AUCACAGUUUUGUUAAAAAGAAAAAUAGAAAAUUUAAUGUCAUAAACAAUUAGUCCUUAAACUAUUUGUUUUAACAAAAAAAAAAAAAAAAAACCGGGCAGAGAAGCUGACAUGUCUGCUGAGGUACAGCGAUAUAAUAACACAACGACGACACAGCAAACACAAUAGUUCUAGCGACGAUAAAAGACUAAGAAGUAACGUCGCUAAAAUACAAAUAUAAAUGAAAAGGUUAGUUUUGCCCCUUCAUUUUAAAACAACGGAGCCGCAAUCUUCCUUCUUUUGCACACUUUCUUCCCUCUCCUUCUCUCUCACGAAAAUGAGUCACGAUUCUUCUCGAUCAGCUAAUUCAGGCCAAAAAUCAAAGAGAAGCCUCAACAAUCUGAAUUCUACAAAUACAAGCAACAAGAAGAGCAAAAGUAGCAAACAGAAAACUCUAGGGAUGGCUUGGGGCUCCAAUUCUGUCUCCUCCUCUCGCUCCUCCUUUCGCAGCUCUCCUUUCUCCGAUUUCAGCAGUUAUAUGGUAGUAAAGAAUAGGAAACUUCAGAACCAGUUCAAUGCCGCGGCUUCGAAUUCUUCUAAUGGUGAUGGUUUGAUAUUUAAUGGAGUCUCAAUCUUUGUUGAUGGUUUUACAAGUCCUUCAAGCCAGGAACUACGAGGCUACAUGUUGAAGUACGGUGGGAGAUUUGAGAAUUACUUUUCUAGACACCGUGUUACACAUAUCAUUUGCAGUAACCUUCCUGAUAGCAAAAUCAAGAACCUGAGGUCUUUCAGUGGUGGGCUGCCAGUUGUCAGACCUGCAUGGAUUUUGGAUUCUGUUGCUGCUAACAAACUUUUGAGUUGGGUUCCUUACCAACUUGAGCAGCUUGCCAAUAACCAGCCAAAGUUGUCAGCAUUCUUUUGCAUGAAAAACAAAGCAGCUUCUGAGGAUGAUUUGAACAUUGAGGCUUUUCAAGUAAUGUUGGACCCGUCUUUGAAGGGUGGCACAUCGCAGGAUACUAACUUACCUGAAGUGAAUGAUCCUGUGAAAUAUGGAAAGCCAAUAGAUGGACAGUUUGAUUACCCUGAUUGUGAGAUUGAGGAAACAAGUAGCAGGAGUUCAAAAUCUUCAGAGCUGAGGAUUGAAGAACCAAGUAACACAGAAGGUGAAAACAACGUAUAUCAUGAACUUCAGUCUAGUCCCCGUGAUCACAGCAUUGAAAGCACACCAACUCCAGCAAUUGCUAGGCCUUCUAAUCCACGUCAUUCAACUCUUGAGGAUCCCAAUUUUGUGGAGAACUACUUUAAGAGUUCAAGGCUGCACUUUAUAGGGACUUGGAGAAAUCGGUACCGCAAGCGCUUUCCCCGUCUAUCCAGUGAUUUUAGGUGCAGAAGCUUGACUAUUGAUGCUUCUGAUAAUUCUCACAAGACGGUCAUCAUGCAUGUUGACAUGGACUGCUUUUUUGUCUCUGUAGUCAUCAGGAACCAUCCUGAGUUACAUGAUAAGCCAGUAGCUGUAUGCCAUUCCGACAACCCAAAAGGAACUGCUGAAAUUUCAUCUGCAAAUUAUCCUGCUCGAGCAUAUGGCAUUAAGGCUGGAAUUUUUGUUAGAGACGCUAAAGCUCUUUGUCCACAGCUUAUCAUUUUUCCAUACAAUUUUCAAGCUUACGAAGAGGUAGCUGAUCAGUUUUAUAAUGUCUUACACAAGCACUGCAACAAAGUACAGGCAGUAAGCUGUGACGAAGCCUUUCUAGAUAUCACAGAUUUUUCAGGAGGAGAUCCUGAGGUUUUAGCAUCAACAAUAAGAAAAGAAAUUUUUGAGACUACAGGCUGCACUGCAAGUGCUGGAAUAGCUAGGAAUAUGCUCUUGUCUCGCCUUGCCACUAGAACUGCUAAACCUGAUGGUCAAUGCUAUAUCCGACCAGAAAAGGUGGAUGAGUAUUUGAAUGAGCUUUCGAUUAAGACACUUCCGGGAAUAGGGCAUGUUUUAGAGGAGAAGCUGAAGAAGAAAAAUGUUCGAACUUGUGGACAGUUGCGCCUGAUUUCUAAGGAUUCUCUUCAUAAGGAUUUUGGCAAGAAAACUGGAGAAAUGCUUUGGAACUAUAGCAGAGGAAUAGAUAACCGGCUGGUUGGAGUGAUUCAGGAAAGCAAGUCUAUAGGUGCUGAAGUAAAUUGGGGUGUGAGGUUCAGGAAUUUGCAAGAUAGUCAGCAUUUCCUAUUAAACCUUUGCAAGGAGGUUUCACUACGCUUGCAGGGAUGUGGAGUGCAUGGUCGGACCUUUACCCUUAAGAUAAAGAAGAGAAGAAAAGAUGCUGGGGAGCCUACAAAGUAUAUGGGUUGCGGAGACUGUGAGAACCUGAGCCACUCAAUGACGGUUCCGGUUGCUACUGAUGACGUGGAUGUCCUUCAAAGAAUUGCGAAGCAGCUCUUUGGGUCUUUCAACUUAGAUGUGAAGGAGAUUCGUGGUGUUGGAUUGCAAGUAUCCAAGCUCGAAAAUGCUGACAUUUCUAGAGGGCUUGAAAGAAAUUCUUUAAGGUCAUGGCUCACCUCUGCCUCAACAAUGACAGAAGAACGGCAUAGUAUCAACAGCAUAUCCACUAGAAGAGCUGAUUCAGAUCCUGGGUUACAAAGCACCUCAGCUCCACCGCGCCUUUUUGAUCUUGAUAUGGGUGUUAUUGAGAGUCUUCCACCAGAACUUGUUUCAGAACUAAAUGAUAUUUAUGGAGGGAAGUUAGUAGAUUUCAUUGCUCAAAAUAAAGGCAAAAGCGAAAAUGGCAGGGGUUCUUCAUCCAUUCCUUCUCAUGGACAAGAAGAAGGUGCGAAAGGUUAUGAUGAGGGACCUCUUGCAUCCAACUUUAUUCCCCCAAAAACGAUAUUGGUGGAAAACAAGGAACAGCAGCAUACGGCUGAGGAAAUACUGUUAGCAGCACCUAGUUCUGGUUUUAGUUCUAAUGAUGGGUCCACUCAUACACUGGGCCUUGGAAACACUGAUUUAAUGCCUUCAUCUCUAAGUCAGGUUGAUACCUCAGUGUUACAACAAUUGCCUGACGAAUUGAAAGCUGACAUUCUUGGACUGCUGCCUGCACACAGGAGACUAGAGUUAACUUCAAAUUCAUCCAUGGUUCCUCUUACAAAAAAUCCUCAAGAAUUAUUAGGGAUCACUGAGAAUCAAACUAUGCCUGUUGCCUCUGUUCUGAAUAAUGAUCUAUGGAUAGGAAAUCCCCCACGGUGGGUUGACAAGUUCAAAGUUAGCAAUUGCUUGAUUCUAAACAGUUUAGCUGAGAUGUAUGACAAAUUGGGUUCAGCUGACAAUUUAUCUUCUGUUCUGCAAAGUACAAUUUCUGAAUCUAUAAAUCAUCCAAUUGAAAAUGAUGAUAGUUGGGAUGAUGAAGCUGCUUAUUGUUUCUGUGAACUUCUCAAGCAGUAUAUUAACCUAAAGAUAGAAUUUGAUAUCGAAGAGAUUUACGUUUGUUUCCGUCUCCUUAGAAGGUUUGUUUCAAUGAAUAACUUAAUUAAAGCUUCAUUGCUGCCUCAGGUUUACAAAAAUUUCAAAAUUCUUCUUGCAAGUGUACAAUAUUGUCAUUCCAUACCUUCAGUCAUCUGUUGGAGAACAUUAUGGAGGAAGCUUGCUUAUUUAGUGCUUCUGUUGAUGAUUGCCUUGCACAUUGACAUUUCCUGCCAAGUUCCACUCACUAUUCAUGGGAAGAGUUAUCAUCAAGUGAUUACUUUAGCUGUCUCAGUUGGGCUUUGCAAUGAUUGCCAGUCAAAAGUUCCAGACUGGAAUGAACUUCUUGAUCCUCGUCAUGUUUCAGAAUGGAGAUGAAGCUCAGUGCUUCAGGUUGACGUGGCCCGUAAAUGAUCUUUUAGGUGAUUUCCUCGGUGAGUCAUUUUCCAACUCUAGGAUAUUACCGAUAUAUGAGUUAGCAAUGUCUUUACAUGCAUGCGUGCAAAUAUAACCAAAUGCAUAUGAAGAAUUCCAUGGGUCUUGUAAUGUACUCGCUUUCAUCUCUCUAUCUCUGUUUUACUGAAUUGCAGUUACAUGGAACUUGAAGAAACACAUUGCAGCUAAACCUCUUGGAAAGAGAUACUGGUGUCUCUUUCCUAGAUCCACACUUCAUAUAGAAAGCUCUAGCUUUGUUAAAUAAACAUGAUGAUUAAUUAUGUGCUAGAGUUUUAAAAUUAUAUAUUUAUGCAAGUAUGGCCAGGAAUGACAUGGGUGUUAAGAUGCCUUGCAGAUCUCAGAUAAGCAUCGCAGUUCCCUCCGGUUUGAGUUGGUUCAAUGGGCAAUACCUCGGAAAGGUCUCACUUGGAAGCUCCAGUAGGUGACUUAAUAAAUACAUGUGUUGGAAGGAUCAACAUAAGUUUCUCAGCUGAUUUACAUGCAUCACCAAUGCUGCCACCUUGGCAAUUUGGUGCACGGUUUUUAAUUUUUUUAUGUAGCUAAUCACAGUACACCUCUUAGUAAGUUGUUUAUGGUAAAUGAAACAAAUCCUGAUCUUCUUAAUACUAAUACGUCCUUUUGCUAAUGUAGUCAUUAACCUUGUGCAUUGAUUAUUAUUAUUCAAUCAGGAAGCUACAGAUCGUUCGGAGCAUAUAGGCCGAUUUUCCUUUGAUUCGUGAGGUCUACAUCUACAUCGCCUCCAUCAACAGAAUUUAAUAAAAAGAAGGGUCCGGUCUAUUAUAAUGUAAUACCGGAGUUUCAGCAACAGGUAUAAAGUAGAUUAGAGAAUAAGAAUAAGAUGGAAUUUAGCUGAAUUUGAACUUUUCAAGUUUUUUUUCUUUCUUAUUACUUUUAGCUGUAAAGUGGUGCUUGACUUUGUCAAUUGCCAUGUCCAUUCUCUGGCAUGAUUUUCGCUUGUAUAAGGAGAAGAUUUAUGGUCUGAACUUAAAUUGUAUUGAGUUGCUUUGUUGCAAUUUGGACCAUGGACUCAAGAGAGUCAGCUGCAGUUGGCAACAACACUGAAUUGUAUAAGAAACAUUUCCCACCAUUAAACUGCAACUCUUGAAUUA